AUGACUAUUUCGUUGAUCGUGACGAUUUACCAAAACCCAGAGCUUCAAAAGGGCUUGAAUUUGCUCAUCGUCUCUCUGACAGUUGCAGAUCUUGCCAACUGCCUGAUUGCACAACCAGUGUACAUAUACUACCUUAGCAACGAGACCAGCACCAGCUACUUGACCGCCUUUCAGAUUAUUGCGUUCAUUGGCCUCCACGCAGUUUUCCUCAACCUUACGACAAUAACUUAUCACAGGAUGAAGGCUUUGGCAAGGCCUUUCCAUCAUCUUCUUUCGGUGUCGCAGAACAGUCUUCUCGUGUACAUAGGGUUGACGUGGGUUUUUUCCAUAAUAGCUGGGGUUACCCUCGCAACAGAACCAGGAAAAGUUGCUGGUCCUUACGUCCACGGUUUGAUGAUACUUCUUCUGAUUUUUACUUACAUUAGAAUCCUGUGGGUGUCCUGGAAACGACGUCGAGGAAAAAUUUUGGCACAGGCGAGAACAGCCAAUUACCAUCAACAAGUCGCCACCAUGGAACAAGAAAAUGCAACGGCAUUGACCUCUGCUAUCUUAGUUGGCUCUACCUUAGUAUGCUUUUUGCCCGAUGUGGUACUCGAUUUGAUGGGAAAAGGAGAAGAAAACCGACUGAAAUGGGCUUACACACUUCUAUUUGCUAGUUCCGCGAUGAAUCCUUGCGUAAUCGUAUGGCGCAAUCAGCAGUUUAGAAGAACUUUGCUUCGAAUGGUACACCUUGCAAAGUGA